GCAGUCAGUAGUGAAGGAGAGGGAGGAGAUGGAGACAGUUGAGGUGAACGAGCUCCAGCCUCCCCGGCCCCAGCAUCGCAACCGCACCACCUUCACCCUGGGGCAGUGCAGAGUGUUAGAGCAAGAAUUCACACAGAGCCACUAUGCAGACAUGUUCACCAGGGAAAAACUGGCAUCUGAGAUCCAACUUCCAGAGGACACCAUCAAGGUGUGGUUCUCAAACAGAAGAGCAAAAUGGAGGAGGGAAGCCAAGUAUAAGAGCGGUGUCCACGGAGCACAUACUUCAUUUCUGAUGAACCAAAAGAACAAAGAUUUCCCUUCAGUGAACUCCAUGACAACAACCAACUCAAUGACUCAACAGACUCACUGGGGUCAGAGGGAGAGUUUGGGAGUACAGUUUGACACUUCAUGCUCAGAAAUCUCCCAGAGAUAUGGUCCAGCUACUACAAUAGAGAGAGGAAUAGGAGGAACAGAAGUGUUGGGCUAUAGAGGCAUCUCCAUUCCGCUUCCAUCCUCAGCAUCUCAAUACUCAGGCAGCACCACGUUCCCAUUGGUCCAUCCCCAGGACGAGAGGACUCCAUCGGCUCACCAUGCAGAGAGAUUCAUUUUCCCAUUGGCUCAUCAUUACACAGACGUGAGGACAGUCUUCUCAUUGGCUCAUCAGACUGAGAGGAUGGGACAUUCACUGAACUAUCAUUGGGAUGAUGGGUCAGAUUUCCAAUUUUCUCAUCACCAAACAGAUGAAAGGAUUCUAUUGGCUCAUCACAGGGAGAGGACUGGUGGUCCAUCGCUUAUAUGACAGAAUGUCUCUCCCCUUUUCUCGCAUCAGUGAAUGUCAGAGCCAAACAUUCUCACACACACACACACACACACACACACACACACACACACACACACACACACACGCACACACACACACACACACACACACACACACACACACACACACACACACACACACACACACACACACACACACACACACACACCUCUAUGGCUAUGCUGAUUACUACUGGGCAGGGUAUGCAAUAGAGUGGGUACAGAGACAUUCCAAUCGUGACCUAAUGUGUUUAAAAUGAAAUUUCUACAGGCUAUUGCAACAUAUCUCAGUGAAA